AAUGAAUGGCAGCAUCGUCGUCGUCUCCGACCUUCGCUCCCGUCCCUCCACCGCCAUGCACCACCAUCGCCGCCAACUUUUAUCCCUCUCUCUUCCACCACUGCCAUCUCCUUUCCCCACCAUUUCCAUGGUGGCCCCCCUCGUCUCCUAGACCCCACGGUGCGCAAGGACCAGGGUGGCCACCUCUCCUUCCUCCUCCUCCCCCCCGCACGCCGCUGUUCUUUCUCGCCGCCGGCUUUCCGGCGACGUAUACCUCUACAGCCCCCCUCCCCCACUCGGCCACCCACCUGUCCUUGUUGAAUUUGCUCUCUUUCUUGCCCGGCCGCCGCUAGCAACGGCCGCGGGCACCACCAUGGCGUGCGGCGCCAUUGCCGCGGUGGCGUCGUUGGCGUUGCUCGUACUGCUCGGCGGCGGCGGGCACGCGGCCGCCGGGAGGCGGGGCGACUCCGCCGCGAUGGUGAUCCGGCGGCCGUCGUCGUCGAUCCCGAGUUUCCGGGAGGCCCCCGCGUUCCGCAACGGGGAGGAGUGCGCGGGCGGGCGGGUGGACGUGGCCAUGACGCUGGACGCCAACUACCUCCGGGGCACCAUGGCCGGGGUGCUGUCCAUCCUGCAGCACACGGCGUGCCCGGAGAGCGUGUCGUUCCACUUCCUCGCCGCCGGGAUGGACGCCGACCUCGCCGCGGCGGUGCGCGCCACGUUCCCGUACCUGGACCUCCGCGUCUACCGCUUCGACCCGUCGCGCGUCCGCGGCCGCAUCUCCCGCUCCAUCCGCCACGCGCUCGACCAGCCGCUCAACUACGCGCGCAUCUACCUCGCCGACACGCUGCCCCCCGGCGUGCGCCGCGUCAUCUACCUCGACUCCGACGUCGUGGUCGUCGACGACAUCCGCACCCUGGCCUCCGUCGACCUCGGCGGCCACGUCGUCGGCGCGCCCGAGUACUGCCACGCCAACUUCACCAACUACUUCACCGACGCCUUCUGGUCGGACCCGGCGCUCAACGGCACGUUCCACGGCCGCCGCCCCUGCUACUUCAACACCGGCGUCAUGGUCAUGGACGUCGGCAAGUGGCGCGCCGGCGGUUACACCCGCCGCGUCGAGCAGUGGAUGGAGGUCCAGAAGCAGACGCGCAUCUACCACCUCGGCUCCCUCCCGCCCUUCCUCCUCGUGCUCGCCGGUGACAUCCAGGCCGUCGACCACCGGUGGAACCAGCACGGCCUCGGCGGCGACAACGUCAAGGGCCGGUGCCGCGGCCUCCACCCUGGCCCCAUCAGCCUCCUCCAUUGGAGCGGCAAGGGCAAGCCAUGGAUCCGCCUCGACGCCCGCCGCCCCUGCUCCGUCGACUACCUCUGGGCGCCCUACGACCUCUUCCGGCCAUCCUCGCCGGUGCUCGAGGAGUGAGCAGCCGCCGCAGCUCGCCAUGCAAAACCAACACAGAACCACUUCUUGCAUGCACAAGCUCAAAGAUCAAAAUCAAAUGGCAAAAAAGAAAACAAAAAGCAAGAAAAAUCAUUUUUCAAGGAGAUCACUUCACAUGUUCUUGCAUGCCACAUGCAUCAAUCUCAUAGAUCUCUAACCAUGAUCUGUCUUUUUGGGCUGCUGAUUAAUUGGGAAAAAAAUUAAGCAAAUCGAUGAGGAUGAUAUGCGUGUACAAAUUGCUUCAUGACACUCUUGGCUAUCUCUGUAUAGGUCACAUGUAAUUAAUUUUGUGAGGAUUAGUGUGAAUAUUGGGAGCUAGGUGGGGGAAAUUAACGACUUAUGCUGACAAAUGUAUGAACAUUUCACUGUACUGUACUAUAUAUACGGAAUACUCAGAUUUUGUUGAUGCACACCGAAUUGCGAAAUAAAAAAAACAAUCUCAGGUUAAGCUGCACAAAUGGGUCAUGUACCCAAGCA